AAAAAAAUGUCAGGGAAGGACCAAGAUUAUCGUAUAUUUGUUGGAGGGUUAGCUUGGGAUGUUACCGACCGUCAACUCGAAGGGGCUUUUGGCCGUUUCGGUAAAAUUAUCGAUUGUCAGUUAAUGGAUUUGAGAUGCCUUAGAUGGAAUUGUAUGGGGAAGGUUUUUUGUUCAUUGGAAAGUGAAGUUGCUGGACAUAAAUUCUUGAUUCCUUCAGCAGCUUGAUUUUGAGGUUUCACUUGCUAGACUAUCUGGAAAAGGUUAGAUCGGCUGCAUGUUAACGGUUUCGAUUGCAGCAGUGACUUGUUCAGAAAUGCGUCUCUAUGCUGAUUGCAGCUGAUUCACAAUUCUGCUCUGGUUCAACCAUUAGCUAAUUGUAUGGUGUAGUAAUUUCAAGGGGCAUUUGUGUUUUGGAUUUUGGACUUCAUGGAAGAUGAUUGGAAUAUGGGGACUGAGUAUAUCAUAGAUGGUCUGUUUUGAUGAAAUCACCAGUAAUUUAAAGAUUUUUUCCUCAAUCAGAGUUAAAUAUAAAGACACAGCAGUCAAGUGGCAGUAACUAUCCCAUAAAUAUGUUUUUUUUCAUGACAUAUCAAAUGUGGGAAUAGAGGAGGUACGUUAGCUCUUGAUGUAAGGUGCUUAAAUUAUAAGAGGUAAGUUAGCUCUUGACACAUAUCAGUUGCAAGCAAUGGUGGAAUUCCUGCUAAUAAGAGGUUCAUUUAAGAGAUGAAUUUUGAUUAUGCAAUUUAGCUCAGAGUCUAGUUUCCACAUUUCUUCAAGUUAGGUUGGUUGACAGUUUCUGUGAAUGGUGCAUGUUGUUCUUGAAAGCUAGCAGGACCAAUCUGGUUGAAGGUUGUUGUCAUUUCUUUUACUAGAAUUGGGUGUCUUAUUGUUAUGUUGAGCAGACCCCAGAUAUAUGAAUGCCUAAGUGCCUUUGCAUGGUAGCAGCACUUUCUUUUUUAGUCAAUCUGCCAACUACAGUUUGCUACUUUGUUUCUAAUUCGUGAUCUGUGAGGUCCUUGUAUUUGUAACAGUGAGAAGUUCUUUUGAAUGGUCAGUGGCACACAUGAAAUAAGAGCUUGGGUACUGGAACUUAUGAGAGAAACAUAACAACUUUCUUGUGUUUCCUGUAAAAUUAUGGGGAUGUUAAAAUUUUUACUUUCCCAUUUAUAACUACGACGGAUUUAUAUUAGACGACAUCUGGCAUCACCUGUUCUUUGCUCUAAAGAAGUUUCAGGGAAAGAGGUUGAGAGCUUUGUGGUACUUAGCUGAUCUCCUUCCUUUACACUAGCCACUUUCAAGGUUGAACUUGAUUCUCUGACCUUUUGAAGACCUUUAGAAGCUGUUGUACGCAGAAUCUGGAUGCACUUCUGUCUCAUUCACCCUCUUGAUCGCUCAUUCUAUUUCACUUGGUGGUUUGCCACUGUCAAGAUUGAAUGUGAUUCUUGAUUUCUUGACCUUCUUGAAGCCCUUUAGAAGCUGUUUUGUGCAGAGUCUGGAUGCACUUUUGUUUCAUUCUCCAUCUAGAUAGCUCAUUCUCUUUUACUUGGUUGUUGAUUGAUCGUUUCGUUCUCGUGAGAUGUUCUUAUCUUGAGCAACUGCAUUGUCUUCCAUAUCGUGGACCACCAGAUGAUGACAUGCCUCUGAAAACUCAGGAGUAGCGUUGCUCAGCCAAGUUAGCACCUUCACAGUGUUAAGUUUCAUGGAUUAUUGCUAUAGAUUAAUUUAUUAAGAUUUUGCUCUGAUCCCUCUGAAUUGCAUUUCAAAGGCUAAAAGUGGAUUAGUUCUUUUGAGUUAGCUUUAUCUGCUUUGAUGCCUUGCUAGCAGAUGGCGUAAGUGGGAAGUUGAAAAGUUUCUAUUUGGGGUAUUUCCUUAAUCAUGAUUAGUUGAAGCUUGUGCUGGAAAAGAUAGCUGAAUGAAGAUCUGUAUUUUGAACAGUUACUGAACAAAAACCAAAUGAUGUUUGUGAGAAGUUUUACCAAGGAAAUUUUCCGCAGUAUGCUUUGUCAGUAUGGUCAACUCUUCGAGCGGUAAGCUUUGUUUGUAUGGUUAACCACCUGUUCGUAGACACAUGUCUGCAAUACUUUUGCUCGUCACUCAUUAGUCUGGUUGAAGUAAAUGAAGGAAGUUUAUGGAUCCAACCUAUGUUCCAAUUGGCAUAGUUAAGAUUAUCCAAGAGGUUAGGAAGCCUUCUUGUUUGGUUUUGUUGUUUUAGCUGUUACUGGUAUUGAUUACACUGGAUACAUGUGGUCUGAGUCAAAUAAACUGCAGACCUGCAGAUUUCUGCUGCCCAAGUUAUGCUGGAAAGGGAUACAGGCCGUCCUCGUGGAUUUGGGUUUUUAACAUUUGCAGACCGUCGUGCCAUGGAAGAUGCAAUCAGAGAAAUGCAUGGCAGGGAGAUUGGUGAUAAGGUGAUCUCUGUGAACAAGGCCCAACCAAAGAUGGGUGGUGAGGAUUCUGACCAUGGCUAUGGUGGAGGCUACGGAGGCGGUGGGCGGGGUAGCUAUGGAGGCGGUGGCAGGGGUAGCUACAGAGGAAGUGACAGGGGUAGCUAUGGUGGCGGUGACAGGGGUAGCUACGGUGGCGGUGACAGGGGUAGUUACGGUGGUGGUGACCGUGGUAGCUACGGUAGUGGUGACAGGUCAGCAGGGCAAGACAAUUGCUUCAAGUGUGGCCGCCCAGGCCAUUGGGCUAGAGACUGUCAUCAAGAAGGCGGUGGCCGUGGUGCACGUGCAUUAUCCCCCUCUCCUCGAUCAAGGUAUGGUGGAGGUAGUGCACGUGAUGAUUGUUAUGGCAAUGACCGUCGGUAUACAGAUGAUCAAUACGCCAGAGGCCAUUAUGCUGAUAGGGAGCGCUAUGAUAGCAGAGAUGAUAGAUAUGGAAAUCGUGAUCGAUUUGCCAAUGACAGGCCUCCUGCUGGUGGUGAUCGUUUCGCGGGCAACAAGUAUGGGGUUUCUGACCGAUAUGCUCAGAACGGGUCAGGCAAAGAGAGGGGUUUUGACAGGGAUGUAGGCCCACGAGAUGGUGACAGGUACGCGAGUGGAGGACCAGCACGUUGUGAGGGGAAAAGCGUCAGAGACAGAGCAGGACCAUAUGAUCGCCCUCGUAGAGGAGGAGGACGUCCACCCGCCCCUGCCUUUGACCGCUAUUGAAGUGUUAAAAUCUGUGAUGUAUUCGACUAUCCAUGUUUGAAUUUUAGCUGUCCUUUUUAGUAUCUUGCACUUUCGGUUCAGUAAUCUCUUAAGAUGUAAAGAUGUUGAAUUGUAUUAACUGUGGUAGGGGAACUAUAUCUUCGUUUAUAGUA